AUGUAUCAACAUCCAUAUAUGCCAUCUCCGAUCUAUGGAAUGAGUCCUCCUAGAGCACCUGGGAUGACUUUCAUAUCGUCUCCACCGGGUAUUGAUGCAAUUAAUCUAGAUGCGAGUGAAGAUACUGAUGAUGGAGAAAAUGUGUCGGGUCCAAAGAGUCGUACUUAUGCUGCAAGGUACACAGGUCCAGAAAAUGAGAUCCUUGCACAAAGUUGGGUGAAUAUUAGCGAAGAUGCAGAAAUCGGUAAUGCUCAGAGAUUGGAUGCCAUGUGGAAGAGGAUUGCCGAUAUUUAUAAUAAAGAACGACCAGCAAACUGCCCAGUGAGACGUUGGGACCUUUUAAAAACGCAUUUUUACACGCUGCAAAGGUUUGUGAGUGCCUUUAACGGAUUGUACAAUCAGAUGAAGAGGGAUUGGGGAAGUGGCCAAAGUGAUGUUGACAUACUCAUGCAUGCAAUGAAAGAGUGGGCACAAACGCACAACAACUCUGCGUUUACUCACUUGGGCAUGUGGAAUAUACUUAAGGAAAGUCCUAAGUGGAUUAACCAGCAGGAUCGUGAUUAUUGUGGCAGGAAGAAGACAAAAACAUCUGCUCAAGGAGGAUACAUGUCUUCUUCUAAUCCGGAAGAUGCCGAUGAAGAACGCGUACGUCCGAUCGGGCAGAAAGCAGCGAAGAGUAAGGGUAAGGGUAAGAUGAAUCAUCCCUCGAAGGAUAUCAUGUACGAGGAGAUGAAACAAAGCAUCGACAAAAACAUGGAGGAAUACAAAAGGAUAGCAAAUGAGAAAUUGAAGGAACAAAUAAAAUACAACAAAAAAUGGGAGUAUGAUGUUAUCAUGAAGGAUACCACGGGGAUGUCGGCAAUGCAAUUAGCAGUACAUCAAAAACUUUGUGACGAAAUUGCAAAGAAUUGGGGUGUUUGA